UACUGAGGGCACACUGCUCCUUUGUGUUAUAAAAUUUUAAAUGCGUAUUUAUAUUUAUUAUGCGUAUAUUCCGCUGAUCUGAACGCUGAAAUCUCCCAUAGACCUUGGAAAAAGCAGCAGGGAUCGUGACUCGAGUUCUUUUUGCCGGAGGUUUAACGGAAAAGCGCGCCUGGCGUGGCUAGUUAUUUUUUUUAUUUUGUCGCAAAGAAAGUGGAGCAAACAAUGGAGGAAUCGUGGGCCUGUGCAUCGGUGGAAAAGGAUCUCGACCGUGUGGUUACCAAGCUGGAGCAGCUGCGCGACAAUGCCUCGGCCGACGUGGGGGACAUUGCAAUGCUAAUGUCGGACCUGGUCAAUGCCCUGGGCAAUGCCGAGCAAAUGGUGACCACUCUCAACUCCAGCACUCAGGUGAAUGCAAAUGCACCCAGCGUAGACGACCCGAUGGGCGAUGGGGUGAGCAUGCAGGUGGAGACGGAGCCAACUGCACCGCAGCGUCCCACUGAUCGCCACAUGGAGGUCAUCAGAGGAGCCAUUUUAAAAUGCAAUGAGAGAGUGCAGAAGCUAUCCACAGAGCAUCGGGACUUGCACGGCUCCAUUUCAAAGAUUGGCAAGGCCAUUGACCGCAAUUUUAGCGCCGACUUUACAUCCACCAUGCGUGUCGAUGUCCUGCAGGACGAGGAGAACCUGAUGCUGCUGAACAAGGCCAUUGCCAAGCACUAUUGCCGUCAGGGCAUGGACACGGUGGCCCGCACUUUGAUCAAAGAAUGCAAAAUGACAGAGGACCAAGCCCAGGAUGUGUUCGACUCGGAGCGGGAGUUCGCCGACAUCUACAGCAUUUGGAUGAAGAUACAGAAACGGGAGCUGACCGAAGCCCUUAAGUGGACAAAGCGCUACUCGCCGCAGCUCAUGGAGCGGCAAUCUCUCAUUGAGUUUCGGCUGCACCGCAUGCGCUUCAUGCAGCUCGUCUCGUAUGGGGUGGAGUCGCAGCACGAGGCCGUUGUCUAUGCCCGGACGAAUUUCAAGAAGUUUGCCUUGCGCUAUGAGCAUGAGAUAGCCAACCUAAUGGCCAGCUUUAUAUAUCUGCCUGCCGGGCUGGAGAACUCGCCGUACAAGCAUUUCCUGGGCCAGGAAAUGUGGACUGAACUUUCGUUUAUAUUUCUGAAGGAUGCCUGCCAGCUGCUGGGCAUCAGUAAGAACUCCGCCUUGUCUGUUGUUGUGAAUGCUGGUUGCACUGCCCUGCCCGCUCUAUUGAACAUCAAGCAGGUGAUGCAAUCGCGACAGGUUCUGGGCAUGUGGAAUGGCUGCGACGAGCUGCCCAUCGAGAUCGAUCUCCAGCCGGAAUUCCGCUUCCACUCAAUCUUCGCCUGCCCCAUCUUGCGUCAGCAGACCUCCGAGGACAAUCCGCCAAAGAAGUUGACCUGCGGUCAUGUCAUCUCCAACGAUGCCCUUCACAAGCUCAGCAACGGCCACAUACUCAAGUGCCCCUACUGCCCCGUCGAGCAGAAUGCCGAGGAGGCUGUUCGUAUUUACUUUUAAGCCAGACCCAGACCUAUUCUGUAUUCACCCUAAGAUUAUAACAAUUCAAUUUUAUGCGCUUGCACUCGGCUCAGGCAGUUCGUGGACAGAGACAGUGGUAGGGGUAGGGGUAGAGGGGUUGGCCAGCUUUCCUUAACAAUCGUAACAGUUUUUAAUAGUUUGCUUAGAUUGAAGUUUUUAGACAAAUUCGCAGGACGGAAUCGAACUACUUGGGCCAUGUUAUUGUGCGAGAAUGUGCGACAUAUUAACAGGAAAGCCUAUGCAAACCAUUUAGAUUUACAAUAAAUAUAUAUAUGUAUACUAUAUCAUGUAUUUAAAACCAA